AGUACAUCAUCAUGUUCUUUGCAGUGUCGCUGUUCCUGUGCCAGUUCUUCCCCACCUUGGUUGUCACCACGUGGGCGCUGAUGGGGGCUGCAUAUGUCCCCACGUUUGCGCGCACCCCGAGCGUGAAUGGUCGUCGUAUGCUCAAGUCUAUUGUCGGCCACUGGGUUGUUGUUGAGCUCGAAAAGUACUUUCAACUUGCCAUCUACAAGAACUUUGACGCACUCCCAUCCGACUCCCGCUUCAUAAUCGGAUACCAUCCCCACGGCAUUUUCCCGGCCGCGUGUUUGUACAUGACCCGCACGCGCCAGUGGCAGCGCAUGUUCCCGCAUGUGCUCCCUGCCGUCCUGUCGUCAAGCAUCGUGCACUAUGUGCCCUUGUUUCGCGACGUGCUGCAGCUGCUGGGCGGAUACGAGGUGAGCCGAGGUGUGUUCAUUUCGGCGCUGCGCAAGCACGACUCCGUGGUGUUGGUGCCCGGCGGACAAGUGGAGAUGAUUUCCUCUCGCUCGGAUUCAAACAGCAUCACCAUCGACACGUCGCACCGUGGGUUUGUGAAGCUGGCACUGGAGCAGGCCGCAAGGAGCAACAAGCCCAUCUACCUGCUGCCCACGUACGGCUUUAACGAGACGCGCACCCUCGACAAUGUGCGCGCACCGCACGCCAUGCAACGCUUUGUGACCAAAGCCCUCAAGGCAAACGUGAUCUACCUCCCAUAUGGCCAGUUUGGCCUUCCCGGUUACCCGCGCACCGUCCCAGUUUCCGUGGCCAUUGGCGAGCCGGUCAAAGUUCCACCUGUUCACCAUCCAACAAGAACACAAGUCGACCUCGUCUAUCGCAGGUACCUCGAUUCGCUGCAGGCGGCGUUUGAGGCCUUUAAGCGCGAUGCUGGUUGUGAAGAUGACUCCCUCGUGUUCUCACCUCCCGAGCAAACACUCGACGCGGGUUCGUUUGAGGAUGCGUGGGCAGCCGUCAAAGACGACAGCAAUCCAACCCCGAAGAAGCACCACCCGCGACACAACGGCGUUGAAAUGCUCAUCAUGGGAUCCCUCCUCUCCUUCCUGUUCUGGACUAUUGUGUGGACAGCGUACCAUCAAAGACACAACUGAGGGUGUCAGUCAGCGGCAGCACUGAACGAAACAAAUAAAUGCACACAAUCCUGCCACUUUCGUGUCAUUGGCCAUCACACUGCCGCUGUCAUUGCGUUAUGUAUUGUCGAAGAGGAACCAUCAUGGUGUCACAUUGUUACAUUGCAACGAGCCGCUGUUGUACUGAGGCCUGCUCAUCAUCUUUGUUGACAUGCACAAUCUGCAAAAGCACCUGCUUGCUCAUCGUUUGCCCUCCGUUGUUAUUCGUUUGCCAUCGUUUCAGUGCAGCAUCGUAAACAAAACAAAACAAUACAUACACAGGCACCGUCGCUGAAC